AUGCGUGCGUGGGCAAUUCUUCGUGGGGGUGGACCUUUAAUGCUCCGUGAUUCGGAAAAGCUCACCGUGCAAGCGCUCGGGAAGCUUGGCUAUUUGGAUAGCAACUUCAACUCGGACGUGACAGAGGCCAUGCUGGCUUUUGUCAACAGACCGGCGAACAAGCACAUGCUUCGCAAGCUUGAGAUGUUACCUGUGCCAAUGGACAAGCUGGCGGACGUUGAUGAGAAGCUAAGGGCUGCGCUUUUAUCCCACUUCACGAAUGGCCAGUGGCAGGUGCCAGCUCAAGACCUUGAAGUGCGCCAGCUCCUCCAACGACUUGGCUUCCUGUCCGCAGAAGCAAACGACCCAAAGACCGUUUCGAAGGCAAUGCGCGAGUAUGCACAGCAAGAGGGACUGCCAUGGAGGAGGACAUACAACUUGAAUGUGUUUCAGAUCAUGCAUCAUGCCAACACGAAUCCCAACAAAGCAAGGUGGGUCGAGUUUCAAAGUUGA